AUGCCUCAGUCGAUCGAUCAUCGUGUCAAAUACACCUCUAUGCGGACUGUUUCAUUGACAGACCAGCCCGACCCAGACACUUUGACCGAGAGAUCAGUAUCACCCAACCGUACAACACUCACUUCUGAGCCGACCCCUAAGGAAGACCAUUCCCCUGCGGUAUGGGGAUUGGGAUGGCGGUCUCCAACCCUGAUGGUUGUGCUCUAUUUAUGUGGCCUGGCAUUAUCGGUAGGCCAUCAUCUAUACUACAACAGCCUCGACAAUACACUUGUUAAAUCAGCUGAGCAACAAACCUGGGCAAUUCGGAUCGGAACUGGUUUCGCAUUCGUCGUCAAAACACUACUUGUAGCCGCCAUCGGAAUUGCGGCGGUGCAACAGAUUUGGGCUACUCUCCGCAGAAAAAGUGUGAAUCUUCGCGGCAUCGAUGCCAUGUUCAGUGUUUUGAGCGAUCCGCUGACCUUUUUUGUCCCUGAUAUGUGGAUGUGUGCUAAAACACUGACUCUGCUGGCAAUUGUCUCCUGGCUGAUUCCCUUAACUGCUCUAAUCACACCUGCUACUCUAUCGGUAAAUUUAAAGACAACGUCGACAAUCACUCGAAUGAGUGUUCCAACUGUGAACUUUACGGAACAUUUCUGGACUGACUGGGCGUUAACUGAAGGGGCGGGUUGGAUUUAUGGUCCAUCCUUUAUCAUCAGCCGUCUAUUCACAACAACCUCCUCAUCAGCUGCCAUCAUUCCCCUUACGCCGCCAUUGCCUAACUCAUCCUAUACCCUUGAAUUUUGGGGACCUUCCUACAAAUGCCAGAACCUGAGUGAGGUUAUCGCUGAGACGAAGGGUAUCACCUACCUUGAUGGGUUAGAUAACUAUACCUCCUUUCAGGAUGUGUGGCAUAAAUUUGCAAGUAACUCAAGCGGCGAUAACAAUUACACCUUCGUUUUGAACAACACGCUUUUGAUUGCUGCAAAGGAGUACCGGGACUCUCUGACAGACAAGUCAACCGAAACAUCCCUUGUUUGCCGGCUCUGGAACACUUCCUAUGUGCUAGAUGUAUCCUUCAACAACACCAUUCAGGCCCUCAUCCCUAUCUCGACCGAGUUAGUCGCUCCUUGUAACUGGAGUUCAUCGACUGGAACAUCCGCAUUUACAGACUUGUAUCCUAACAGACCGGAGAGCCUUGGGGGCUAUUAUAUAACCCACCUGCUCUUCUCAUCUCUCAUCGAGGGUACUCUCUCCAUAGGUUCCACAGGAGCCCUCAUAGGCGAAGCAACCCGCCUUAUGCAGUCUAGUAUCUUUGAAUGUCCAGAGCUUUUGAGUAGCUCUAAGUAUACCGUGGCCAGCCGGGUGGCCAAUCCGAUCUGUCGCAAUAGGACAUUGGCCCGAGCUCUGGAAGACCUCUCGCGGAACUUUACCUACAACCUUCUCAGCUUGAAUGCAGCCAGCACCAAUGUACCUGUUUCUGUCAACUCACCCCAGAACUUCUACAGUUAUAAUUGGAAGAACCUAUUUGCGGCUUAUUUAACCGCUCUAGUGGUCACUCUUGUGUGUAUUACUAUCGGGUUGUUUGCUCUGUGGGGCAAUGGCGUUCCUCAGAAUACUUCAUUUUCCAACCUGCUGAGAACAACACGAAAUCCAGACCUGGAUAAAUCAACAACUGGAUAUUGCUUGGGCUCCGACCAUUUACCCGAUAAGCUUAAGAAGGUUAGGUUGCGCUUCGGGGAGAUUGAGACACCUAGGCCGUUCAAGCACGCGUCAUUUGGAUUUGAAGAGUCAGUCAUUGAUCUAGUGAAGGGUGAAAAAUAUUACUAG